AUGACCAAGAAAAGAUACAAUCCUAAGACGAUUGAAAAUUAUCGAAGAAACUAUCAUAUAGAUAAUAAUUUAUUUGUUGAGAAUGAAUCAGAAUCUCUAACGGGGUGCCAUAUGGGUGAUCAAACGCAUGCUGCCUCAACCUUUCGUGAAUCAUGGGUUAACAGAGGGAGCCUAAAUGCAUUAGGUGUAAGGUCGAGCAGAGUGUUAAUUGGAGAUGCAAAUAUAAGUAUUGAACCCAAUUAUGAACUUUUUGAUGACAGAGAAGAAGAUGGGCUAAGGGAAAAUUACCAUUCUCCUAAAAAACAUCUACAUGAAAUAUUUCUCGAUAGCAAUUUUCAAAAACAUUUAGAUGAUUCAAUAAACAAUAAUAGAUGUGUGCGAAAGGAUAACAUGCAAGCUAGUGAAAACGGUAAUAAUGACAGAAGUAUGACGAGGGAGUCAUUUGAUUCGUUAAGUUUUGAUAACGAUUUUAAUCAAUCAAAUGAGACUCCAAAUGAUCAAAAUCAGUUAGAAAUGAGGUCCGACGCCAUGCAAGAUUACAUUAACGUUAAAGAAGACAUUGAUGACAAAGAAAUGGAUGAGAGUUUUGUAAAUAGUUGCAUUUAUCUAGAAAAUGAUAGCAGAAAUGCUAAUAAUAAAGGACUUAAUCCAAAUUAUAAUUCUUUGAUGAAUGAUAAGGAAUCAUCCGGUUCAGCAAAUGUUGACAAGGAAGAUAGCUCAAGUAGCCCAGGAGCUGGUGACAAUAUUUCUUCAAAACGAUUGGAAGCUUUAAAUAAUGACAAUAACUUUAAAGAAAAUUGUGAUGAAACAGAACUCGAUGAAGAUUUUGAAAUGAAUUAUUCAUCAUUACAAUUUGAUAGCCAUGAAAACAGGAAACUUGAUAAUUUUAAAUCUAAUGAUAAUGUGAACAAUAAUGUAGCUUUUGAAAAAAUGAAGGAUAGUAAUAGCAGCUCAAGUAAACAAUUUGAUGUAGAAAGUGUUAAUGUCAGUUUUGAUGAAUCUCACGAUACGUUAAAACAGUACAGUGAUUUUCAAGACAAAGUUAAUAAUAUAAAAAUCGAUGAUGAUUUUAAGGGAGGAUUUUACUCAUUAAAACGAGCUAGUAAUCUAAAUGCGUCUUUUGGUAAAAUCAAGGGUGACAUUAAUCGAAACCAGGGAUUUAAUAAAAAUAAUAAUGUUCCUAGUGCUGCUAAUUUUGAACAAAAUUAUGAAGAAUUAUCUAAUAAUGAAGAUUCGGACAUAAGACCUGAUUCACUGAAGAAUUACAACGAUUUUAUGGGAGAAGUUAAUGCAGAAACACUUGAUGAUGACUUUGAAAAGGGAUAUAUGGCAUUAAAUCCUGAUGAUGGCGUAAACACACAGGUGGAGCCACAAAGAGCAGAUGCAAAGGAAGUUAAUGAAAUAGCUGAUAAAUUCCAAAAUGAAGAUAAUUUGGGGAAUAUAUUUGAAAAAUAUAUGGGAUAUAACGAAUUUAAGGAGUUACACAGUUUAUUAAUGCGUACUGUUAAUAUGGACAAGCAUUUUGAUAAAAUUAAUGAUAAUGAUAAUUAUGGUAAAAAAUAUAAUUCAUUAAUAUUUGAUGGAAGCGCUGCUCAUAAUCCACAGGACGAGCAAAAUUCGGAUGAAAAUAGUGAUCAUCUUGAUGAAAAAGAUUCAGAGAAAACACUUAAUGCAUUGGAACAUUAUAAUGCUUUUACGGGACAAGUGAAUGGAGAAAAACUUGAUGAUGCUUUUGAAAAUGAGUUUAAUAGAUUAUGGGAUCACGAUAUUUUUAAAAAUGGGGAAUAUCCUUCAAAAGGUACUCCACAGAAUGGCAAGAAAAAAAGUGGAAAAAUGAAUGGGGGAAAUAAUGCAAGCAGACGAUUUGAGGGAUCGAGAAGGGAUCAGAACAAUUAUAAUAACCCCGUUAAUAGAUCCCCAGUUGAUGGUAUAAAUUAUAACAACCGAAAUAAUAUAUAUAGAAACAAUAGAAGUGAUCGUCAAAUCCCAUUGGAUGUAUUGAUAAGCGAGCAAGAUUAUUCCUAUGAAUUUUUUGAUAUCUUUAACGGUAUGAACAAAUUUGGAAAGCAAAUUGACCUAUCAAAGCUUUACGAAAACAGUGAUAACGAACAGUCAUAUGGAUCGAAAAGUGAAGAUGAUGGAAACGACGAUUGUGAAUAUGCAGGUGAUGAAUAUGAAGAUGAGCAUGCUGAAGGCGAAUAUAAAAGGUAUGAUGAAAAUAACAAACGAGAUUAUGAUGCCCAAGGUGUUUACAGAUAUGAUGAUAAUCGUAUAAAUGUAUUAAAACAAGACGAAAUUGCUAGGGAAUCCCAAGAACUAGGAAAAUAUAACGAUCGUACUGAAACAGUGACGACCGUGCUAGAAAGUACAGGAAAUGCUAUCGAACAAUUCGACGGUACCUUAAAAGACAAUGCUAGUAUUAAGGAACAACUUAAUGAUGCAAAAAAUUACCAAGAUAACAAACAAUUUGGUAAGUCAAAAGAUGAAGAGCGAGUUAGCAUCACAUAUGAUGAAUUGGAUGAUGACACCAUUAGCUCUAUAUCUCACAAAUCAGAGUAUGAUGACAAAAGAAGCUAUGUAACUUAUAAAUCCAGACGAAUUGAUGAAACAUACAACGGUGCAAUUCAUAAAUCAAAAAUGGCUGAUGACCAAAGGAGCGAUCUAACAAAAAAAUUAAAAAGGAUUGAUGACAGAGAUAGUGAUAUCCAUGAUCACUCAAAAUAUGGAGAUAGAAAUGGUGACAAAAAUGAUGACGGAAAUGACGACAAAAGUGAUGACGGAAAUGACGACAAAAGUGAUGACGGAAAUGAAGACAAAAGUGAUGACAAAGAUAGCUUUAUAGAUGGUAGCUCCAAAAAUGAUGACUAUACUAGUACUAUAUCCGAUAACUCCAUGGAUGAUAGAAAUAAGAGAAAUUCCCAUACCUUUAAAAAGGAUAACGCUAAUUUCAAAAAGGUGACCACUGAAGCAAUUAACACAGAUAAUGACCAGAAUAAACUUUUGAAUGCUAUGCAACUUACUGAGGAUUUUAAAAGAAAGUUUAAUAUUUUAAAAAAUGCUGGUGCUACAGAGAAAAGAUGCGACGCAUUAAAACAUUAUGAGAGGUUUAAAAAGGAGAUCCUUAAUAUACAACUUGAAAGAGAUUUUGUGCAUGGAGUUAAUAGAUUAAAGCCUCGUUGCAAUAAUAAAAAAUUGUUAUAUGCAUCAACAGAGGAAUAUGAAGACUCAUGUGAUUCAUCAGAGGAUGAAGAUUAUUCUGAUAGUCAAUCUGAUAGAUACACAAAUGAUGACGAGGAUAAAACAAAUUGUGAUAAUACCUUAAUUGAGGACUAUUCUGACAGCCAAUCUGAUAGAUUAACUAAUGAUGAUAGGAAUAAAAAAGAGCCUAAUAUGGAAAAGGAGGAUAACUAUUCUGAUGGUCAAUCUGACAGAUUAACGCAUGAUGAUAGGAAUAAGAAAGAGUCUAAUAUGGAAAAGAAGGAUAACUAUUCUGAUAAUCAAUCCGAUAUAUUAGGACGAAAUAAUAGAGAUAAGAAAGAAUUAGAUAAGAAAAAAGGAGGUAAGUAUUAUGAAGACACCCAUUCCAUUCGUGAUAAUUAUGAUUCUAAAAGCCAAUGUAGCGUAUUAAAAAAGAAAAGCAGCCCUAAAAAAAGUUGUGAUAAAUCAAACAUUGAUACUGAUUUCGAUAAUUCUAGAAGAUCAUUUGAACUUUCGAAAGAUAAUAAGCUGGUCAAGAAAAGAUCUGAAAAAUCAAAGGAUGGUAGUGUUUGCUAUGGUUCCAAGAAGUCACUUGGUGUAAGAAAAGAUGGUAACAUGGAAAAGAAAAAUUUGGAUAAAAUAAACGACCACGAUGAUUAUUAUUAUGGUUCUAAGCAGUCAUUUGUUUCUUCAAAAGUAAAUAAUGAUGUGUCUAAUAAAACUUAUGACAAAUCACGCGAUACUACUGAUAAGUCUGAGACUAGGAGCUUAUAUAGUGUAUUAAGUAGAAAUAGAUAUAGGAACAGCCAUGAUAAACCAGGUGCUCCUUCUGACUAUUAUGGUUCAAAGGCUUCAUUUAAUGCAUCCAAAGAAAAUAAGAUGGUUAAGAACAUUUCUGAUAAACCAAACGAGGUGUGCGAUUCUGCAAAAGCAUCAAAUGUGUUAAAGAAUACUGAUUCGAGUUCAAAGAGAAGCGUUAAUAAAAUAAACAAUGAAAAAAAGGGAAAAGGAAAUGAUAAAGUUGAUUCCCAUUCUGUGAAAUCCUCACAUUCAUUAAAAGACAAACCCCAAGAUAAAAACAAGUCAUCUAAUUCAUUAAAAUCAGAUCACAGCAAUUUAGAUGAUCUAUAUGACGAAUUAGAUGAUGCUUACACCAUGAAUAAACGACAUGAGGCAUUAAAAUACAAUAAAGAAGACUUCUACAAGUUAUAUGAUGAUUUAAAAUAUGAUGAAAAAGAAUUUGAUACACUUUAUAAGGUAGUGGAAAGUUAUGAAAAAGUUGAUAAAAAGAAAUCCAAUAGAUCAAGAGACAACGAUAACAACUCUGUAAAAUCAGAUGAAGAAUCAGAAAAGGAUAAUGAUUCUUUGAAGUCUGCUUACACCUUCAAACGUAAAAGUUUUGCUCAUAAAAAAUCGGACUUAUUAAAACGCAAUGAUAAAACUAUGGAGAUAGAGCAAACAUUCAGACGUAGCGAACAAGAUUUUAUAAACCCUGAUGAAUUCAGACGUGAUAGAAAUUAUAAAGAUUCAAAUGAUAAAGAGAGAAAUAAUAGAGAAGACGAUUAUAGAGGAGAUAAUAAUAGAAGAGAUGAUCGUAGAAGAGAUGAUCGUAGAAGAGAUGAUCGUAGAAGAGAUGAUCGUAGAAGGGAUGAUCGUAGAAGGGAUGAUCGUAGAAGAGAUGAUCGUAGAAAGGAUGAUCGUAGAAAGGAUGAUCGUAUAAGAAAUAAUAAUAGAAGAUGGGACGAUGAUAAAGGAAUGGACGAUAAUAGAAGAAAUCAUAAUGUAAAAACUCGUAACAGAAGGAAUGAUAUAGAUGUUGACUAUGAAAGGAGCUUAGGAAAUAUAAAAAGGAAUAAAAAGAGCUUUAUAAAAAAGGUAUUUACAGAAAGAGAUGAAAAUGAACCUGUCAAAUCAAGAAUGUUUAAUAAGAAAAGUUUAUUCAUAAAGACUUUAAAAUUUAUGCAAAAAAUAGAUUCCAAGUUUGAAUUAGAAAUAAUAAAAUCAUUGAAAAGUUCAAAAAGGAGUGAUACUUUCUUGAUUAAGCCAGAAACGAAAUUAAAUAAAUUUUUUUAUUACGCCAAGAAAUAUAAAAUACUUUUUCCAAUUUUAUUAACGUUACUAUGUUUAUUCAUAUUUUACGUAGCCAAUUUAUCAAAUUUAGCCUUUGGUACUGUUUUCGUACUUCUCGGCAUGAUACUUUAUUAUAAUACGAAAUUAUUAAAGUGUCGUGAAAUGGGUAAACUGUUUAGAUCUUUUAGCGAAAGCAACAAAUUCGAAAUAAGUUAG